AUGGCCACGUAUUUGUAUCAGCUCUCUCCGCAAGAAGAUCUUACAUUGGCGAAAAUGUUGGUGAGGGUGAACCCCUUAGUUACAGAUAAUCUGGCAGGGACAAGAAGCUUUAGCGCGGAAGGGUAUGGAUCUGUUACACGUAUUUAUAUUGUAUGUGGAGAGGACCUUGCGGUAACUGAGGAUUAUCAGCGUUGGAUGAUCAACAACUAUCCUGUAAAAGAAGUGUUGGAGAUCAAAGAUGCAGAUCAUAUGGCAAUGUUCUCCAAACCUCAAGAACUCUCUGCUCUUCUCUUGGAGAUUGCGGAUAAAUAUGCCUAA